GCUGGGAAGGGAGAAGGAGAAAGCUUAGAUGGGCUAGCAUAGCUUCUCCUCUUGGGCCUUCAGGAUUCUUUGGGCAUCCGGCCCAUCCACCGAGCCGAAUCGAACCUUCCCCAGCACUCCAUCCCCUUCCCUCCCGGGACCGGAGGAGACGUCUUCCACCCGAGAUGCUCCUCCUCCGCCCCCCACGCCGCGCCGCUCCUCUCCUCCCCGCCGUCCACCGCGUCGCCAUGUCCUCCACCCCAGCCUCCCCCUCCGCGACGCCAUCCUCGUCACCGGCGGCAGAGUACCACUGCCGCACCAAGCACAGCCUGACGGCCGGCUACGCGCGCGGCCCGGGCCGCCUCGACUGGGCCAACCAGCCCAACCCCUUCCUCCGCUUCUCCCCUUCCCCCGCCACCCCUCUCCCCAACCCGCCAACCCCGGCGGCCGCCGUCCCCUACCCGGCCCUCUUCCACGCCCCGCCCCCGCCGCCGCGGCCGCUCUCGCUCGACUCCCUCUCCGACCUCCUCUUCCACUCGCUCGCCCUCUCAGCCUGGAAGUCCGCCGGCGGGUCCACCUGGUCCCUCCGCGUCAACCCCAGCAGCGGCAACCUCCACCCCACCGAGGCCCACGUCCUGUUCGAGGACCCGCGGGCGCCCGGCCGGCUCGUCCUCUCCCACUACGCGCCCCGCGACCACCUCCUCGAGGCCCGCGCCACCCUGCCCGCCGGGGACCGCUCGGCGCUCCUGCCGCCGCGGGCCACCGCCGUGCUCGCGCUCUCGUCCGUCUUCUGGCGGGAGGCCUGGAAGUACGGCGAGCGGGCGCUGCGGUACUGCAACCACGACGUGGGCCACGCGCUGGCCGCGGUCGCCUUGGCCGCGGCCACUCUCGGGUGGGAUGCGCGGUUGCUCGACGGCUUGUCCGAUCAGGACCUUGGGAGGCUAGUGGGGGUGGACAAAGGGUGCCCUGCCCCUGCUCCUCCGGACAAAAUCAAAAUGGUGAGUGGCAAGAAGGGACCGGCGCCAUGGGUGGAGAGGCAACACCCAGAUUGUGCUCUCCUGUUGUUCCCUGCGGGCUCAGAAGAGACGGAGGUGGACUAUGGGAGGAUGAGUGAUGCUCUGAGGGAAUUCGAUGAGUUGGAGUGGGUUGGCAAGGCGAAUGCGCUCAGCAAGGACCAUGUGGUGUGGGAUGUCAUUUACAAGACGGCAGAGGCAGUCAAGAAACACCAACCUAUGCCUGGGGAGCGCUUCUCGGUGAGCCCGUGGAACAUGAGCUCCAAAUUGUCUGAAGGGCUGUAUAAGGAUCUCACGGCACAGGAGGUGGUGCGGCGGCGGAGGAGUGCGGUUGACAUGGACGGGACGCACGUCAUGGGGAAGGAAGAAUUCUAUCAGAUACUGCUGCAUUGCUUGCCUUCAGGCGAGGUUAGCCCGGGGGAGCGACAGGGACCACAGAGCGCUCUACCAUUUCGCGUGUUGCCGUGGGAUGCAGAGGUGCACGCCGCACUGUUUGUGCACCGCGUCUCAGGGCUGCCCAAGGGGCUGUAUUUCUUGGUUAGGAACGAGGAGCAUUUCGAUACAUUGCGACAUGCUAUGAGACAGGACUUCGAGUGGGCUCGACCAGAUGGAUGCCCUGAUGGCCUCCCACUGUAUAGGCUUAUGAAAGGGGAUUGCCAGAGGUUGGCAAUGCAGAUAUCAUGUAUGCAGGAUAUUGCCUCACAUGGAUGUUUUAGCCUUGGGAUGAUUGCUCGAUUUGAACCUGUGCUGGAUGACAAAGGUGAAUGGAUGUAUCCUCGUUUAUUCUGGGAGACUGGUGUUCUUGGUCAAGUUCUCUACCUUGAGGCGCAUGCUGUAGGGAUAUCUGCCACGGGGAUUGGUUGCUACUUUGAUGAUGCUAGUAAGAUGAUACAGUAUUUUCAAAAGACCAGUUAGUAAUUGAACUUUAUGUAUGCUCCCUCAACUAUAUAUGUUCAUGAGGUUCUUGGUUUGAAAGACCUGGAGUUCCAAAGCUUGUACCAUUUUACGGUGGGUGCCCCUGUGGUUGACAGGCGGAUCAUGAGUCUCCCUGCGUACCCAGGGCCAGGGAUUGAUGCAUGAUUCCUAUUUUCUAGCUCAGCCCACGGAUCAACAUCUGAAUGCCUGGAUGAAGUACAACUUGUGUUCUUGUAUAGGAAAGGAGCCGAGUGAAGGGAACUUAUGACGGUAGCACAGGUCUAUUAGGAUCUUGGUGCAUCAUCAGAUCGUGGUAUGUUAUGUAUAGUCAUGCGAGCAUAAGAAACAGAAGGGUUGCUCAGAGAUAUGUAGAGGGCAUGCUUGGUUGGCUGCCGAAUUUUGGCUAGUAACAACUGUGAGUUUCUCCUGGGACGGGCAUCCCGAUUUUUUUUUCUGGAAUCUCAAAGUAAAUCGGUUAUCGAUACACCAAGCAACUCCACAUGGAUAUCUAAAUUCAAAAUCUCGGGUCACUUGUUUGCCCGUUGGGAUGAUAUUCAUAGAAGUGUAAUGUUUAUGACCUUUCUGGUGUAAGAGCACAUACAGCAAGAGAACCCUCUGAAUUCUAGAAA